UUCACCACACUAGCUAUUCCAGCGUUAGUCAACACUGGUUCUCGUGGUAAAAAUUAAGAAAACAACAUAAAACGCCGUUCCUGAUUUCCAAAUACCAUUUCCUUGAAUUGUGGCCAAAAUAAAAGACUUGCAUAAUGGGGCGCCGCUCCAUAAACACCACCAAGAGUGGCAAAUACAUGAAUCCCACGGACCAGGCGCGCAAGGAGGCCCGCAAGAAGGAGCUCAAAAAGAACAAGAGGCAGCGCCAGAUGGUCCGGGCGGCGGUCCUUAAGAACAAGGAUCCAUCACAAAUCCUCGAGGAAAUGGAAAAGAUCGAUGAGAUGGAGUACAACGUGCUGCAACCCUCACCGCUGAACGAGAAGGUCUUGCGGGACAAGCGGAAAAAGCUGAAGGAGACCUUCGACCGCGUAAUGCGGCUCUACCACAACGACGAGCCCGAGCACUGGGCAGACCUGAAGCGCAAGGAGGUGGAGUACGAGAAGAAGCGGCUGAAAAAGCAGCAGUACUACGAGAGCGUCAAGCACGCCCAGAGUGUCCAGGUCGAUGAGAUUCCCCUGCCAGCGCCCGUUAAUGCAACCACACCGGCCGGUACUGCCGCGGCGCCUGGUGCCGCCGGUGCUGGCGUUCUUGGCGGAUUCGGUGCUGUCGGUGGCAUACGCGUUCCCCCACCGCCCAUGACCAUGGCCCUGCCGCCCUAUGCGCCUGGUGCUCCCCCAGGUGUAACCAAAAUCAGUGACACGGCUGUAAGUGAAACGACGCAGGCUGAGAAGUCGAAAGACGACGAGGAGAAAGACUGGUUGGGCGUACCGCCGGGUCCACCGCCGAAUCUGUUUGCCAUGCCCGAGCUCGAUUCUAAUGCCGAGGGUAAUUCAGACUACGAUGGCGAGGCGGAGGAGAAUGAAUCGGAUCAGGAGUUGUCGCAGAAAAAGAGCAAGGAUAAGGGAGACAGAGAGAGGGAAACAGCGGAGCCCAGCAGCCAGAAUAUCGAUGAUUUUAUGAAGGAAAUGGAGCACGUACACAAGCGGAAGCAUCGCAAGCUGGCGGCGGACAAGGCAGAUGUCGAUAAACUGCGGGACGACGACGAUGAAGAGGACGAGGACUCGCCGAAGCAUCAAGAACGAGACUCUAGCUCGGAUAGAAGAUCGAUGACCAGCAGUGAUAGCGAGGAGGAUGAGCAUCCAGAUAAGGAUGAUGAGAUGCCCGAGCUGCCCGCAAUCAAUCCUGUUCCAGCGAAACCCUUCCCCACAGUCCCAGCACCAGCUCCACCGACUGCACCCACACUUCCGGCGAUUCCACUGCCACCGCCGUCUUCAGUGCCGGCGCCACCGCAGCUGCCGCAUUUACCGCCAAUUCACAAUCUCGGACCACCGGGCAUGAUGUACCGGCCGCCACCUAUGCGACCGCCACAUGCCGGUUCCGGGUUUGGACUCCGCAUGCCGCCUGGUCCACCACCAGGAGCACGACCACCGCAUGCUCUCGGACCCAUGCCUCGCAUGGGUCUCCGAAUGCCACCGGGUCCGCCGCCAGGCCUACCGCCACGACUGGCUCACCACAAGCAGCUGGGCAGUAGCGGUGGCGGAGGUCCACCCAAGGAUUCUGCUAAGGGUGUGACCACCAUUACAGCCAAACCGCAAAUCAGGAAUCUGAGUGCCGAUGUCACCCGCUUUGUGCCAUCGACGUUGCGCGUGAAGCGUGAGGAUCAGCGGCGUACGGCGGCGAGACCUCGUCAUGCAACGGGCGAUGCCAGCCAUGCACCCACUGAGGCGCACAGCAAGCCGCCCACCAAGGAUGAUGCCUAUCUGCAGUUCAUGAACGAGAUGCAGGGUCUGUUGUAGCAUUUGGCGGCGAAAUUUCGGCUGUAUAUUUUGUGUUUAGUGUACGCUUAGAUAAAGAAUUAGUCAACCAAAAUGAA